AGCAGCCAAUCAGCUUCAGGUUCACUCAGCAGUUGGAGGUUGAGCAAGUAUGUGUGAAGAGGAAGUGCGUGCCCAGACAUAACUGAUCCACGUCUUUCUUCCCGUCCACGUUCCCUUCAAGCUGUAGGGACACAGAGGGAACAGCGUGUCUGUUCCAUUCUCUUUCUUGACCCACAAAGUUUUUACAGUUAACACACGUUAUGGUUAAACUGAGCAUCGACAUCACAUUUGGUCACUGGGGAGCUGCGUCUCUGUGCCACGUGGUUUCAGCGCCGGAUGAAGCAUUGUGAGACAGACCGUGCGAAGCUGUUUGUUUUCUGUCUAAACCCCUAACAACGCUGACAUGUUGUAAAAACAAGCCCGUCUGAAUUCAGAGUAGGCACAUGUUGGAUUUCGCCUGCACCGUAAUAUUUUCUGCAGAUGUUCAGUGAGCCGUCUGCGAGUGGUCGUGCUUUUUUUCCACUCGGACCAUGUUACCUGAUAUUCUUCUGAAAACGUUGUGUAAGUCAGAACUUUCCCCCCUCGGGAAAUUAAAUGACACGAGAGACAGUUGCUCAUUUGCAUGUGCGCAGCCCUGACGCGCCUGAAAACAAGUGAACAGAGACGAAGGCUUUCAUCCCUGAAUCAUUUUCACCGUGACACUGUAGGUAACUCGGGCACUGAUGCGCUUAGAAGCAACAGGCAGGAGACGGCGCAGAGAAUCAACGCACAAGUUGUGGGUCAGUCCGUGUGGAUGCUGCGCGCACAGGGCAGAAGAGCUUUACGCGCGGCGGCGGUUGUGUAAAUGUCUGGAGGAGGUUGAUGCUGGAGGAAAGAGGGCGGUCAGAGUGUGACGGAGAACACGGUGCCUUGCUCUGUCAGCUCUGCGCUCCUCACACUGCGUCUCGCACGUGUAAUUUCUAGGUCGCGCACUGCACAGAGCACACGCAUGCUUGUGGAGACCUCCGCGCACUUGAUGCCCGCUUCGGUGAUGCCAUGCCGCGGAACCACAGCGGAGACGAAGGCGGCGCCGGGCUCUGGAUGAGGACCUCGCCGGGGCACCGAAACGAAGGCUACGGCUCGAAGGAUGUGGAGUCCGGCCGGAAGAUGAUGAACAACGCGGGAGACGGCUUGCUGCCAGCCUCCGCCGCCGCAGGUGCCGCCGGCUCCGAGAGCCUGAGGGGGAAGCAGGGGGCCCGGCUGAGCCUGCUGGGGAAGCCGCUCAUAUACAGCGCGCAGAGCGGCCGCAGGAACGUGCGCUACCGGCGACUCCAAAACUACCUGUACAACGUGCUGGAGAGACCGAGAGCCUGGGCGUUCAUCUACCACGCGUUCGUGUUCAUCUUGGUCUUCAGCUGUCUGGUGCUCUCUGUGUUCUCAACCAUCCCGGCUCAUCAGGACUUUUCCUCCUACUGUCUCCUCAUCCUGGAGUUUGUGAUGAUUGUGGUGUUUGGGUUGGAGUACAUAGUCCGGAUCUGGUCGGCAGGAUGCUGCUGUCGCUACAGAGGCUGGCAGGGACGACUGCGCUUCGCCAGAAAGCCUUUUUGUGUCAUAGACAUCAUAGUGCUGAUAGCAUCUGUGGCAGUGGUGUCAGCGGGGAGUCAGGGCAACAUCUUCGCCACCUCAGUCCUGCGUAGCCUGCGUUUCCUGCAGAUCCUGCGCAUGGUGCGAAUGGACCGAAGAGGUGGUACCUGGAAGCUGCUGGGAUCUGUGGUCUACGCACACAGCAAGGAACUGGUCACUGCCUGGUACAUCGGCUUCUUGGUUCUCAUCUUCUCAUCGUUCCUCGUCUACCUUGUGGAGAACAAGUUCAACAAGGAGUUUGCCACCUACGCUGAUGCCUUGUGGUGGGGCACGAUUACCCUGACAACCAUUGGCUAUGGGGACAAGACACCAAAGACGUGGACAGGACGGAUGCUGUCCGCAGGGUUCGCCCUCUUGGGCAUCUCCUUCUUUGCCUUGCCAGCAGGUAUUCUGGGCUCUGGCUUUGCCCUGAAGGUCCAAGAGCAGCACAGACAGAAGCACUUUGAGAAAAGAAGAAACCCAGCAGCCUACCUCAUCCAGUGUGUUUGGCGUAGUUAUGCGGCUGAUGAGAACUCGGUUUCCAUUGCUACCUGGAAGCCUCACUUGAAGGCGUUGCACACCUGCAGCCCUACAAAGAAGGAGCAGGGAGAGUCGACCACAAGCCAAAAGUUGAGCUUUAAGGAGCGGGUACGGAUGGCGAGCCCUCGAGGUCAGAGCAUCAAGCAGAGGCAGACGUCUUCAGUGAACGACCGGCGGUCACCAGUGGCUGAAGCAGGUACAGAGGGCACCAGCCCCGCCAAGGUACAGAAGAGUUGGAGCUUCAAUGACCGCACACGCUUCAGACCUUCACUCCGCCUUAAGAGUCAGUCUCGCUCCACCACUGAUGCAGCAGACUCCAACAUGGCCGGGGACGACGGCUUUGACGAGAGGGGCUGUCACUGUGAUAUCUCGGUGGAGGACUUGCUGCCCUCAGUCAAGACUGUCAUUAGAGCUGUCAGGAUAAUGAAGUUCCAUGUGGCCAAGAAGAAGUUUAAAGAGACGCUGCGUCCUUACGAUGUGAAGGACGUGAUUGAACAGUACUCUGCCGGUCACUUGGACAUGCUGUGUCGCAUCAAGAGCCUGCAGACCAGGCUGGACAUGAUUGUCGGCCCACAGCCCCUGAGCAGCAGAGCCAAAACCUUUUCCUCCCCCUCUCUCCCUGUCUAUUACAGCCAGGGCAGAAAGAACUCCACUCAGGGAGUGGACCAAAUCCUGGGGAAGGGCCAGAUCCCUCUGGAUAAGAAGAUUCGAGAGAAGCUACUAUCUGAUGGAGACAUAUUGGAAGACAUGAGCAUGCUGGGUCGUGUCUGUAAGGUGGAGCGACAGGUCCAGUCAAUUGAGUCAAAACUCGACUCCCUGCUUGACAUUUAUCGUCAGGUUUUGCGUAAAGGAUCAUCUUCGGCCCUCACACUUUCCUCUCUGCCGCUGUUCGAGUUGGAACAGACCUCUGACUACCACUCCCCCGUCUUCAGCAAAGACCUGUCCUACUCCACCCAGGUCAGCAGCAGUGGAGCGCCUCCACCUGGUGGCUGUGUCACACACUCCACCACCAACUCCCACCUCUCCCAAGGAGGACUCCAUCUCAUCCUGGCUCCACCCAAUGAGCUCAACCUCAAUCUCUCGUCCACCACAUCUCCCUCUGGCCUUGCACCUUCAUCUUUCAGCCCGUCGCCACUGCCUCAUCACCAUCAUCAUCACCACCAUCACCACCAUCAUCCUCCUCAUUCCCAUCAUCAUCAUCCCCAGGCUCAAGCUACCACGCCCGAAAGUGGCACUGAUGAGGCUGUUGGGACCUCUCCACCCAUUCUCACCCCAAAUAGUAUCAGCAGUGGAGGAGUAGGAGAUGGAGGGUUUCCUCUUCUGCCAAGGCUUCCACCACCGCUCCCUCCUAGCCGAAGCAGUGGCCCGAACAACUUGGUGCGAGCGACCUCCACUGAAACAACCCCCAACAUGGAGGGCUUUUGUAUAGGUCUAGGGACAAAGAUGGAGCACAGCAGUGUCAGGGAAAACCUUGGCCUUGGGUUCGGGCUGGGCAGACUGGGGCAGCUCAAGGGCAGCACCAACAGCAAUGGCAGGCUAAACACUAAGGAGGAGGGCUCCUGGAGGAGGCAUAUGAGCCUGGAGCUCGAGCCCCUGGUUCCACCAGCCCUGGGCUGCUGCUCUGGCCCCUGUCAGAUGGACCGAGGACUGGGCAAGUCCAUGUCAGUGCAGGACCUGAUUCAGGCACCUCCCGUGGCUGUCCAGGAUGCCCUCCAUAGCCACAGCCUGUCAUCCCCAAGCCCUAGUACAAGCAGUGACUCCCCCAUUGGCUUCCACAGCUGUAGCCAAGACCCUGGGGGAGGAGGUGGGAGUGGUGGUAGUAUGGGCAGGAGUGGUGGAGCUGGAUGGGGUGAGGAGGACCUCUUUAUCAGUGACAGGGACAUAGAGGCACAGGAAUUUGACUUCCUGUCACAGGGGACUACUGAAGCCCACUCCUACUCCGCAGAGCUCCUGAGGACAGGGAGCAGAGCAGGGGCAGGAACCCUGGGCUCUAACCAUAGCCUGGCCAGCGGUCACGUGUCCUCACCCUCCGCUGGCAGCACCGAACUGCCGAACAUGCCUCGUGUACGGCUAAAAUAGAUAUGAGUAGGAAAGGCACACAAAUCUCACACAACUGAAACGGUUUUUAUCCUUUUGGACUGGAGAGGGAGGGUGGGAUUAAAAAAAAGGGGUCCUUUUCUUUAAUUUUCAUUUUGAUCCAUUUGAUAAGAAUCGCAGUAUUUUCAUACAGGCUGAUUGCAUAUCAUUGCAUGAGUUACUCUUUGUUUUCAAGUAUGAUUGAAAUCUGAGGUAAAGAUGAAGGCGUCUUUAGAGGGGACCACAGACCCAAAAAAUCCUGACACUAUUCGAUGAAGUCGACUAAACUCUACCCUGUGUGACAGUUGGUUAUGUGACCUUGAGACAAAGCAUGAAGAACAUGGACACCUAGCACAUGGAAGAUUCCAUUGAAAAAUACCACACAUCUGUCGUAAGCAAUGGAAAGAAAAUGGGCCUUAAUAAUUCAAAGCCCUAUUACAGAGGGCCAAAGUAAACUGAAACGUCUGAGUUCUGUUCUAGAAGUAAAUGAACCUCACUCAAAAUCCCAGUGACGCUUCUACCAUCGAUGAUAACUAAAAAUCCAGCCUUGGAACAGAGCCAUUUUGAACUGUAUGUCAUGUGACUUGCCUGAUGUGUUGAAAACAAUGUAUUAACAUUAAUUAUUCUAUAGUAAUCUCUUUAGUGACUUUGAACAAACACCAUUUCCCAUAAACUCUAGUCAUUUGAAGGAAAAUCCCACAACUCAAUUUUACUUUUCACAAAGAGAUGGAAAGAUGUUACAGUUAUGGAAGCUAGUGGAACAGAGGAGAGCUGUGACUUCAGCUCUGUGCACAAGAUGUCUCUCCAAUCACAUGACAGGCUGAAAUGAAUGUUAUCUCACCAUUGCUGAACAUUUAAUUCUCCUUUCUUCUCAUUAUUUUAUUUUGAAAACCUGAUCUCCCCAAGUUUAUAUGCUUUGAUAAUAAAUGUAACUACUAUCCUGAACCAAUGACAGUGGUUGCCUAUUAUCUUUUAAGAAGUCACACACCACAAAAUGGUGUAUAUGCAAGAUUUAGCUCCUAAACCACCACCAAUAAUACUCAAAUAUACAAGGUUCAAUUUUUUUAUGUAUUUUUUCUGCGGUCUCAGGCAUCUAUGGAUUUCAUUCAUUUUCAUAUAGUAAACUAGAAAGGCACUCAGUGGAGGGCAUACAUUGCCUCGGCCCAAAAGACCCCUUAAAAUCAAUCAAGACGCACCAAAUUGCUGACACUGACAAACAGCAUAGCAUACUGUAAAUAGUCCUCUAGAUAUGUCUGUUUUUUAUCAAGACCCAUGAAUUAUUAGUUUGGGAAUUGUUGAAAAUGUCAAAAGAAAGAAAAUGAGAAAAUAAAAUCCCCGAUAAUAAUGUAGUAAUAUUAAUGGGUUCUUCCUUUGCCCAUGUCCUGUCCUUUCCCCAAGUUUCAUGGAAAUCUGUUCAGUAGUUUUUGCAUAAGCCUGCUGACAUAACCUCCUCAUUGGAGGUUAUUAAUUAACUGACUCCUGAAAUGUACUUGACUUGUGUAAUAAGAUAGUGAAGGUCAUUUUUGUUAGUAUUAUAUUUAAUUGCAGUUUUGCAGUUCAAGCACAAAUAGUUGUGAAAGUUACCUCAUAACAAUGAAGUCACCAACAGAAAGUACUUGAAACAAGUAUGUUUUCAAAUUCUGUCAGACAGAAUAUCACAGGCUUACAUAUCAUAUCGCCAACAAUACUGGACAUUUCUGAAACUGCUUGUGUCCAAGGGAUUUUUGGUUAAUAAGAUAAAUCAUGCAAAACUACAGGAUUGGGUUUUGUAAAUAUUUCCCCCCUUGAACUUAGAUUUGGCGAGUGUGCUAGUUUGAUAACUUUAACAACUACCUGCUACUGAGGUGUAGAGCAGGAACAACUGCCAAGAUACUUGGUUACUUAUCAAAGCCACUUCUGCCAACACUCAUCUCUAGCAUGAGAUGCAUCAUGUUGAAACCACAUAUCCCCACUGUACACGUGGACGUGUUCAGAAGAGACAUGCCGAUAACACACUCAGCCAGCUGUGAUGUUACAUGUCCAUUAUGCUGUGUUGAAUCCAGAGUCCAGAGAGGAACAUGGAGCAGCUGUUGCUCACGUUCCGAUCAAUUAUGCACCGAUCGGCUGGUUUUCCAGCUGACGACAGCCAUGGAUUGAAACACACCUUGAAUGUCAUUUAGUAUAAAAAUUCAGUUUGUGUUAUUUUGUCAGCACAGGAGUGUCUUAGCAAAGUACUUCAGAAUCAGACACUGACAGAAAUCUAACUUUGAAUUAUGUCAAAUCGAAUUACGUUGAAUUAUUAGAUUUUUGCCACCCGUUUUUAAAUGAAAUGAAAAUAUUGAAGUCAUGGUCAAUAUUUGCUUUUUUUCAUAAAGUAUAAUUAUUUUAGCUUCCUUGAAAUGCAAUCACUGCAGAAUGAAUGGCUUAUUUCAUUAUUACACCAAGAUAACUAAAGACCAACUUCCUCCUCCUGCUGCAUGGUACAGAAUCAGGUACAUCAGGUAAGGAUCAGUGUUUUUUCCUCCAGGUUGCAGCACCACAACAUGUGCGUAAAUAUUACCCACAAAGCCUCAGUGGUGAAUAAUCACACUUAUCUAGCAGUACCUCAGUGUAUUCUGAAGAAUCAGACGAGGAUAUGUGAGGGAGGCUGGGAGUCAGGCUGCUUUUAAGUGAUAUUAAGAUUUUACUUUCUUUAAGAUAUUUAAAUAUUCUUUGCAUGGAGGUUGUCAUAUCCAAACCUAUUUAUAACUGAGAGUGAAUGCCACACCAUUUAAACAAAUAACUAUUUAUGGUUCAAAAUGAUUUGCAGUGAAAGUAAAAUAAAAGAUCCCAGUUCACAAUUCUAGAAAACCUGCAUUGCAUACAGUAUAAUGGUGCCUUGCUUUUGUUGUACAUUUUCAUCUCCAUACAGUUUCCUGCAAAGUGCAUUAGGUACUGAACUGAAAUUUCUCUGAACAGAAAUGGUUGUACUGUUUUCAUUUUGUCUCCUUGUAAAUGUUCUAACUUGAGGCAUUAUACAGUUUUUUAUUCAGAGACCAUUUUGCUACUGGGCACAAAACAGGCCUUUGACAUGUUAACAUUCUCUCUGUUUUUUUAUUUAUUUAAAUUAUGUGCACAUAUUUACACACAAGUAAUAAUCUCAGUUAGAUUAAUGAAGCCUGUCAUGUUAUAAAAAUGCAAGUUGACUUUUAUUCUCAUUCAUUAAUAAAGGAAAUUCU